AAUCGACUCGGACGAGUCUUCGCUGCAAGAGAAGGAGAAAAAGUUGCUCACGUGUCACGAGUCACCCUCUCCUCGGCCACAGGAUCUCUUUCCUGCACCUCUUCUUAUCCUGGCUCGCACCACCACCGUCAUGCCGCUCCUUGCGCCGCCGCUCUCCUCCUGCCACCUCCGCCCGCCCUUCCUCUCAUUCCCCUCAUCCACCGGUCGGCCCCUCCGCCGCGGCGACCUCGUCAUCCGCAUGGGCGGCGGGCCCCGCACGUUCCCGGGCGGCGUCUCCAAGUGGCAGUGGAAGCGCAUGCAGGCCAGGAAGGCCAAGCAGCUCCUCAAGGCCCGCCUCGCCCGCGAGCGCCAGCUCUACGAGAUGCGCAAGCGCGCUGAGCUCCGCGAAGCCGUCUUCCACCUCGAGCGCCCCUGGGACCCCGACUCGGCCUCCACCACCGCGCUAGCGCCCAACCUCCUCUCCGUCGCCGCCGAUGACCAGCUCAAGGGGCUCGCCGACCGCUUCCACCGUCCCGGCGGCGUCGACCUCUGGAACGACCGAGACGGGCCCCAGGUCUUCGCAUCACCGGACACCGGCAGGACCUCCGCGCGGUUCUUCCCCAAGGACGCCGUCCACAGCGUCCAACCAUAUGCGCGUCUUGGUGCUGGAGUGGACGGCGGGCAGGGUGUUCGUCAGAAUGCCCCCGUGGAGGAUGUUCGUGAUGACUGUGAGCCUACUGUGGAAUUAAUGGAAAGGGAUGGAAUGUGGGAGCCGGUCAUUGCUUUGGAUGGUAGAGCCUCUAGCGAACGUAGUUGGAUUAAUGGUGAUGCUAUUUCAGACUCAGACUCAGAAGAUGUUGAUUUUGGUCACGAGCAACAAGAAGCAAUAGUUAGACGGGAUGGAAGGAGGAGAGGCAUAGUAAGACGUGAUGUUUCAAAUUCUAUGACUGAUGGUAGUGGGAGGGGUAGGGAUUGGAGAGCUCAAGGUUCAUUUUCAGACUCAGAAGGCACAAGAAAAGGUCGUCUUGAUCAAAGAUGGCCAGACGACAGUAGUGACAGUAGAAGGAAGCGUCCUGCUGGAAAAUGGAAGUCCUCGGCUACCACCAAGGGUAGUAAUUCUGUUGAGAAGGACCGAAUGGUUGACUGUUCUUUCUCUGAUUCUGAGGUGAACCGCGGUGGUUUUGAGCCAAGAUGGAGAGCAAGGAGCAGAGAGGGCACAAUGAACGCUGAGGUGAAGUGGAAGCUCUCGUACGAUAGCCAUGGCAACGUGACUAGAAAGGUUCGCAUCGGUGGUGAAUUUGAUCCAAAUUCAGACCACGGAAGGUGUGAAAAUUUGGAACCAAAAUGGAAAGGCCCAAAUAGCUUUAAUCGAGGUGAGAACCAAAGGGGUCGACCAGCACUGAAAUAUAGGCCUAACGCCGCCAACAAUGGGGAGAGGUCAGGUGGAUACACGAGAGGCAACAAUGGUGAUGUCAGAGAUCGAUUUGGUAACGGCUUUGCCUCGGACUUGGAAGAGCCAACAUGGAACCCAAGAAUAAAGAACAAAGCAAGGAACAACAGUGGACACAGAGAGUACAACCAUGACAUGAAUGGGAGAUUCAGGGAGGGUGGCAGUGGGGCGGAUGGCAUGAACGGGAGGUUCAGGAGAGGUGGCAGUGGGGCGGCAAGACGGAUGAACAACGAUAGAGAAGAUGGCAGCAAGCAUGGAAGCAGGCAGAGAAUCGACAUGAACGGUGGACGGCCGUUCAUGGGAGAUGGAUACUCCCUACGACCAACAUCGGAAUUGCACAGCUCGAUGGACAAGAAUGGAGGACAGCAGUUGAGGGAAUACCGAUUCUCGCGACGGUCAACAUGAACAUCCAUAUUCAGAUGAAAUGUAAUGUCACAAUAAACACUUUAACUGUGAUAAGCUAAUGCGAUCCGUGUUGGUGCUAACUUCUGUAUGACCAAAUCUCUGUUCAAAAGUAAUCUAAUUGUACAUCAAGCUUUUACUUUGUACACGUUGUAACAUUAUUAUCUUAUUUUCAUGGAAAAUUUUCUUCA